CCAUAGACCGUAAAAAGGAGAAAGGAUUUCCGAUAUUUUUCCUUGGAAUGGAGGUUUCGGACGGUUUUUUCACCGGACCAGGCGCUACUGCCGUGGACGAAGCGUAUCGGCCGCUACCAGCUCUUUAUCUCGGUUUCCUUGCCAUCUGGUUCGUAACUGCUUUCUCAUGGACAUUCAACACCUGGAGCAAACGCCACUUCCAGCCGAACAAUCUGCAGUGGGCGCUGGCUUCGAUUCCGUCAAUUAAAGUCUUGCAAUUGGCACUGUCCUUUUUGUUUUGGUUUUCAUGUUUCAAUCUUCAGAUAUGCUCUCUUUGGAUGUCGUUUGGGGUGUUUGUAACUGGAGUUCUCUUUCAGACAGCUUCAUUUGUGUCCUUUCUCCUCAUUUCACACGGUUACUGUAUCAUGUGUGAGCGUCUUUCAGUAUCGGAACGGCGUACUACAGCUGCACUUGGGUGUGCUCUCUACUUGACUCUUAUCGGUUACAAAGCUUCCAUACCAUACUUCACUGUGCUGAUGCUGUUUAAUUAUUUCAUAUCAUUUUAUGUGAUCUUCCGACAUACAGCCCGCAAUCUUUUAGUACUGCGUGAACAACUGAGUUUUGUUGAAGACGAGGACGUUCAAGAAAUGCAUGAUGCCAUGCAUACAAAGUAUACUAUGUUCAAGAAGUUCCAAGGCGCAAUGCAAAUAAUCGCAGCGGCUGAAAUCAUGAUAUAUAUGAAUGUGGACGGCACAACAGAUAAUUACUGGCUCUGGUUGUUAGUCCGUGAAUGGGCGCAGUUCUGUAUCUUCCUAUACAUUGGAUGGAUUUUCAGGUCACAGGAAGUGUCGCCACAGUUCUCCGUCAUGCCGACUCUGAAAUCCAAAGUGGAGAGAAAAGCACCUCCUAUCUACAGCAUUGAGAUGGACGCUGCGGAUUUCAAAGAUUUGGCUUCACAUGAAUGGCACAUUGGGGUGCCAACUUCAUGUCCAUCCACCCGUGUCGAAAAUUCUGCGGAUCACUUUCUGAUCAUAGUUCAGCACCCUCAUGCAUCGAGUAGGGCUGUAUCGGGAGGUCCUAUUGGUCCAAAUGUAGCAGCUUCUGGAGCCAAAGCCACAGCUACAGUUGCCACUACAGAUUCGUGUUCACGAAGUGGUCACGUGGUACAACGUUUCCAAAGUAAUUAGCUAUUGUUUCUCUUGCCAAUCAGCUCUCACUGUAGUGGAAAAAGAUAGCUUGAUGGCUGACUCGCUCAAAUGGCAGAAUCUCUAUGGUUGUGGCAUUCUUAAAAGGCAUGUUUCCUCUUAUGAGCACCCUGAAAGCAAGGGUUGCAUGCUUAAUUAAAAUGGUCAUAAUACCACCUUCUGUCAAUCUGUGAAUAUUAUACAUCAGUUAAAAGUGUACAGUUUUUGCUGCU